AUGGGUUUGAGUAAUGAUAAAGUGAGUGCUACUAGCCAUGAGCUUCUUCAAGCUCAAGCUCAUGUGUGGAAUCAUAUCUUCCAGUUCAUAAACUCCAUGUCAUUAAAGUGUGCAGUUCAAUUAGGCAUCCCAGAUGUGAUUCACAACCAUGGCCAACCCAUAUCCCUUUCCAAUCUCAUUUCCGGCCUCAAUGUCCACCCUUCGAAAGCUCAUUUCAUUGAACGCCUCAUGCGAAUUCUCGUCCACUCCAAUUUCUUUGCACAAGACCAGCAAGUUCAGCUACCACUUCUUCCAAACAAUAACAACAAUGAGAAUAUUGUUCAUCAGGAUCUUGAUGAUGGAGAGGAGGAAAAAGCUGUUGUGGUGUAUAGCCUAACACCAGCUUCCAGGCUUCUCCUCAAGGAAGGUCCAUUCAGCACCACACAAUUUUUACUUAUGAUUCUUGAUCCAGUAGUAACAGAUCCAUUUCAUCUAAUGGGCACUUGGUGCCAGAUGAACAAUCAUGGAAAUCAUGAUCAUCCAGCUUCCCCAUUUGAGAUGGCACAUGGUAGGCCUUUUUGGGGUUUGGCUGCUCAGCAACCGAAGUUUGGUAGCUUGUUUAAUGAAGCAAUGGAGGCUGACUCUCAACUGCUCGCAAGGGCAGUGGUUGAAGAGUGUGAAGGAGUUUUUGAGGGUUUGAAUUCCUUGGUUGAUGUUGGAGGUGGCACAGGAACCAUGGCCAAGGCCAUUGCCAAGGCCUUCCAGAACAUCAAUUGCACUGUCUUUGACCAACCACAUGUUGUUGCAAACUUGCAAGGGACUCACAAUUUGGAUUUUGUUGGAGGAGACAUGUUUGAGAAGAUACCCCCAGCAAAUGCAAUUUUUCUCAAGUGGAUUCUGCAUGAUUGGAGUGAUGAGGAAAGCGUGAAGAUAUUGAAGAAGAGUAGAGAAGCAAUUCUGAGCAAAAAUGAAGGAGGAAAGGUUAUCAUCCUGGACAUAAAUGUGUCUGCAGAUAAUAAGAAGAUGGAUAAGAAAUCAAUUGAAACUCAGCUCAUGUUUGAUAUGUUGAUGAUGGUCGACCUCAAUGGCAAAGAGCGUAGUGAAGCAGAGUGGGAAAAGCUCUUUCUGACUGCUGGAUUCUCUCACUAUAAGAUUACACAUACAUUCGGCCUAAGGUCUCUUAUUGAAGUUUACCUCUGA